UGAAUAUGAUUUCAAAACUAACUUCUUUUUUUUUAUUUCGGUUGUAUUUUUAAUGUUGAACAUUUUUUCAAUAAGUUAUCAGCCUUGCAACAACGAUGGGACGGAAUUACGGAUGUUAGCUUGUUGUAUUAUUCAUUUCAAAUUAGAACAAUCAUUAAAUUGCUGUUAUUUUGAACACAAUGUAACAUUUGAGAUACGUAUUAAGUACCGUUUCUGAAAUGUAUUUAAUUAAAUAAAGCAUAUUUCCAUGCGCAGCGGUAAACCAAAGCUGUGUGAACAAACCCCAACAGCAACUAACCACAUUUCCGGUAUCAUAUUUCAAAAUAAAAGCAUUUGGUUCGUUAGCAGUAGAAAAACAAUCGACAAGCAAACUUUAUUUCUGUGUGUGGUUAGGAGAACAAGUAUUUGAAAGAUGGGUGCAGUUUUGCAGAAACCGUAUACAUCACGUAAUAUUAGAAGUCUUAAGCAGUGCAAAACAACGACUGGAAGGGUGAAUUGUUGGGGUUGAGCUAGCGACUUGGUGAUGAAUACACUCAAUACAAACAACAGUAUGUGGCAAUAAUAUUAGCGACAGUAUUAACGCAUCGUACGAUGGAAAUACAUAAUGAAUGUAUACAAACGGAUGUGAAUAUCACUUAAAUAUGUUCACAGCAUGGUUCGGUGAUGCCAACAGUUGUAGUGGCAGCAAUGUGUCUCUGCACUUCCUCUUCGUGAAAUAUUGUGGAUGGAAGGAUUUGACAUGUGAACUUCAAGAAGAACAUUGGGGAAAAAAACAAGUUUAUAUCCUACUGCUGUUGUACUACGAUUCAAUUUUGUUAGGGCGAGAGUAAAGUCCGAACAGCCACAUAUGAUAUUCAAGAAUAAGUUGACACUUCGAAAGCGAAACAUUAUUUCAAAGGACUGGAGGUAGCCAAGACUGCUAACUGUACAGUGAAUUAGCACGAGUGGAAAGCUUAUGCUAACGUUCUUUUUGGUUGUAGGUUAGGGAUAGCUAACAGGUCAGGCUAACCAUAGACAUAUAUAUAUGUCUAUGAGGCUAACGAGCUACUUCAACCGUCUUUAUGGGAUAAGAGAAGUAGAAACUAGUCAGCUAGCAAGUAACUUAGUCAUAAGAAGCAAUUAUGAUCCAUAUAUGUGCUGUAGAUGGCUGCCCGAACAAAUCGGACACAAUUAUUCAUUACACAUUACCGGAGGAGCCGACCAGACGUCAAAAGUGGAUAGAAUUUCUGGAAAGGGGUAGAAAAGCAGACCUUUCUUGCUUUACUAGGAUUUGCGGUAGACAUUUCUCAGAAGACAGCUUCACUAAACUGGACUUGGGAUUCACAACACGGUUGGUACUGAAUGUGAAUGCUGUUCCUAGCAUUUAUCCAGAUGGACUGACAGUGCAACAAAAACAGGAGGAAGCUGAUGAGGGGUUUCCAUCAGAGAUUUCCAGUGAAGUAGAAAGUGGCAUCAUUGUCACUGACACCGUUUCUUUGGCUUGCUUGAAAGAGGAGCCUCUUCAGGAUGAACUGAGUUGUGAUGCUAUGAGGAUCAUUAAAGUGGAACCACUGGAUGACAAUGGAUAUGGAGAUUCAUCAUUUGACCAACCUACCGAAGAAGAAAUGUUGGACAAUAAUGCCACUAUUUUUAAAAUAGAGGUUUGUGAGGAUCCCAUCAAUGUUGAUGAUGGGAAACCAUUUCACUGUUCAAAUUGUGGUGAGGGUUUUCUAAACAAGGGGGUUCUCAAACAACAUGAAAUCAAACACAUAACUUUGUUUCCUCAAACUUCAAAGUCCUACCACUGUAAACACUGUGUUAAGGCUUUUCCCCACAGAGGAUUUUUAAAAGCCCAUGAAAAAAUUCAUGCUAAUAUGGAGUCACAAAUGUCAUUCAGCUGCACUGAAUGCGACAGGAGAUUUCGCAACCAGUCAAGUCUUAAAAAACAUAUGCACAAUCAUUUGACAAGGUUAAAAUAUCCAUGUCCGGUGUGCGGGGAAGACUUUGAAAUGAAGGGUAGUCUUCAUUUCCAUAUAAAGACACACCCAGGAGAGAGAUUUCUCUGUAAAUUUUGUAAUCUAAGAUUUUUUAAAAUCGAUGCCUACCUGAAGCACGUGGACCGGCAUACGGUUGUAACCCCAUACUAUUGUGACAAAUGCAAAAUCUAUCAGCUGACCCAGAGAGGUUUCCUGCUGCAUCAAAAAAGGCACGCCCGCAAAGAACUGGUGCAGAUAAUGGCUGAGAAGAGGGAGAUGAUUAAAAAUGGGGGAAAAAAUAAGAAUGAUCUUAACACACCACUUCAACACAAUGAAGCUGGAGAGAGGAUGGUGGUUGAAGAUUCAGACUUAAACUCACCUUUACAGUCACAGAACAAAACUGAAACAACACCUCUGGAGACUAGUGAGUUGCCAUCACAUACAGGACCAUGUGCCACUGAAAUAGAAAAAACAACCACAUGAAUGAAACUGAAAUUGAAUGGGCCUAUGAUGGGAAACGGAAAUCAUCCGAAACAGAAACUCGAAAUCAAAGCCAAGGCUGACGUACAUUUGACCAGUUGGUACAUAUGCGGAGUGAAAUGCAUAGACUCCGUCUAGUAAACUCAGCCCCUACCCCCCACCCAGCCUUUCCAUUUGUGUACUGAGGGCAGCAACCAGUUGGUUUGUCUUUUACUAAAAAUGCAAAGCAAUAAUGUUCAUUCUUUCAUCGUAACUACACAUUGUUUAUGUUAUAGCCAAGACGUGAAGUUAUUAUAACAUGUGCUUAAUUGUAUGUGUAUGACGUGGAACAGAAGCACCGCAAUGACACUUGAACACUUUGGUGUUCUUCAGUGCAUAGGGAAUGCUCCGACUAUCACAGUGUAUGUGGAUUAUGAACUACUGUAAUGUGCUCAGAGUUCCUUCUUUUUUCACUUUUUGUAAGCAUUCAAUGUAUUGUCAACAGACUGAAAAAAAAAACUGACUGAUUAGGUAAACCCAGAUUUAACAUUUGAAUAAUGAAUUUUAGAUAGCAGAACAUUUUGUUAUUUAAUUGAGAACGUCUUGAAUUAUGGUUAAACUGAGAGAGAUUUCCAUACAUGCGAAAGCAACCUGUAUAUUUUUGUUUUCCUCAACCAUGUUGUGAUGACAAGUUAUAGUCAAUUCUGAUUAUUUGUCCUUCAGAGACUAGGAAUUCAGUUCAGGCAUAUGGUUUCACUCUUUUCCAUGCAGCAUUUAAUAUCGUGGAGUGAUUUAGCAAACUGCAGCUAUCAAUUAUAUCUAUGUGCUGCAUCUUUCAACCCUUCACUUAUGUGUAAAUAUCCAGCCUGAUAUGGAAACAUCCUUUCUUGUUUUUUUUAUUAUUUGUAUUUUGUGUAUAAAUACAAAUAAUUAGGCCUAAUUAUGCAUAUGGAUUGGAAAUGUGUAUGUGAUCAUGUUGUUAUCUUGAUAUGUUUAUGUUUAUUAAAAAAAGAGACCCUCCGCAGUAGGAAGC